GAACAUAGACUGAGCACCUCCAUAGAACGACAAUCUAAUGAGAAAGCUGUCAGGAUGUUUGUCCUGCUGUACUUCCUCUUUACCUUCGCUUCAUUGGCUGCUUCAGUGGGGAAGACUCGAAGUGGAAAAGGAUGUGAUGCGGGCGCUACGGCCCCCAUUCCGGUGCUGCUGGUGUCGUUUGAUGGUUUCAGAGCUGACUACCUUCAACGGUUCACUCUACCCAACCUUAAGCUGCUGUAUUCGCAGGGAGUCCUGGUGGAACAAAUUACUAAUGUCUUCAUCACCAAGACCUUCCCUAACCACUACAGCCUGGUGACAGGUCUGUAUGCAGAGUCUCAUGGCGUCAUAGCUAGCAAUAUGUAUGACCACGUGACUCAGAAGCACUUCACUAUCUUCAACGACACCGACCCUUUCUGGUGGAACGAAGCUGAACCCCUCUGGGUCACUGCACUGGAUUGUGGGUACAAGACGGGCGUGGCCAUGUGGCCGGGGUCAGACGUGCCGAUCAGGAACAGAACAGCGACUCACUUCAUGCCCUACAACCCCUCCGUGACCUUUAGUCAACGCCUGGCCAACGUCACUCACUGGCUGACUGGGGGCCAGGGUAAAGGGGAGGAGUCAGUAUCAUUUGCAGCUCUGUACUGGGAGGAGCCAGACAGGACAGGUCACAUGUAUGGACCAGACAACAUCACCCACAUAGGACAGGCUCUUAAAGAGGUAGAUGACAAUGUGGGUCUGCUGAUAUCAGAGCUGAAGCGUGCAGAGUUGUGGGGGCAUGUCAAUGUCAUCAUCACCAGCGACCAUGGAAUGGCCCAGUGUUCCACUGAUCGCAUCAUCAGGCUGGAUGACUGUCUGCACCCUGACAACUACUCAGUAGUAGACCUAACCCCUAUCGCUGCUAUCAUACCCAACAGAGACCCCAAGGCUGUGUUUUCCCUACUGAGUGGUUGCCAUACCCACAUGACUGCGUACCUGAAGAAGGACGUUCCUGAUAGGCUGCACUACAGGAACAAUGACAGGAUUCAACCAAUCAUAUUAGUCGCUGACGAGGGAUGGACUAUCGUACAGAGGGGAGGGCUACCACGUCUGGGAGACCACGGCUAUGACAACACUCUACCCAGCAUGCACCCCUUCCUGGUGGCAGUGGGCCCAGGCUUCCUUCCUGGUUACCGUCUCCCGCUGUUACAGAGUGUUGAUGUCUACCCAAUAAUGUGUCAGCUGCUAGGGGUUCCACCAGCGCCAAACAACGGAUCUCUGUCCCAGGCACGCUGCUUCCUGGCUGGGGAGGACUGUGUCGACAUCCCCCUGGUGGUGGGACUGGUGGUGGGGGUACUGCUGGUUCUAACCACACUCACUGGACUGUUCAAGUUGUGGAGGCCACGGCGUCAGUCAUCCUCUCGUCCCUUCCAACGCCUCUCUAUACAGGACGAUGAUGAUGACGACCCUCUGCUGGACUAGAGUAAUCAACUUCCAGCUCGACUAGACUGACCAAUCCCAGAUCAGAACGUCAUAUCACAUCCAACCAGAGGUCAUCAUCACCACCACGCUCCCAACAACCAAUCGGUACUCUGGUCAAACGUUUUGCACUAAAUAGGGAAGAGUGUCAUUUCAGACACAGCCAUACUCUGUUAUAAGACUAAACAGAGCGGUUGUCAGAUUUCAGAUUCACACACUCCUCUUUCUCUGUGGUACCAUACACAUGGCAUAUUCAAAUAAAUGCAAGAACUAUAAAUAAAUAAAUAUUAAACCACAAAUAUUUAAAAAUAAAGAAAUAAGACACCAAAGAGAACAGUCAGUUGGUAGAAAGAAACUGGGGUUACUUGAAUACGUCUAUAUACAAAGAAGCCACCUAUAAUGAUAUAACAUGUUAUAUAUGUAAAAAAAAAAAUCUCAGUUCAUUUGUAAAGAUCUGCAAGACAAUCAUAAAAAGAAGUAUACAUCAUUGUUUGUUAAGAGAGAUUCUAGUAAAGGGAGGUAAAUCUGAAUAUUGAAGAGUAUAUUUCAUAAGAGUACCGCUAUAUUGCAGUAGUAUAUUGAACAGCAGUCAUGCUGUAAAGCUGUUAUAUAGGUUUUAUUAAGGGUUUUAUUAGAUAUUCUGUAUACUACUGAGCCAGGGAGUGGAGUCAAAAACCGGACUGAAGCUAUGUUUCUGUUGAUGGUGUCUGUUAGUCAGUUAAUUUGAUUUUAUUUAGUAGUGUGUGUUUGCUGAGCUAAGCUAUAGCACUGGCACUAUAUGGUUUCCUGUAGUGUUAAGGAGACCUGUUAUGCUGUUAGAUUCAUGUUCAGGGGCCUCAUUUAUAAACGUUCGUAAGUACAAAGUAUACCACAAAACAUGCAUGCGCCAGUUUUCAUGCAAAAGUUGGCAUUUAUAUAAUCUGAACAUGACUUGAGAAUGUGCUUAACUCCCCGCCAACUUUAGACCAUGCAUAUGCUCAAUAUCUAGUGGCUAAAGUUUUCUAUUGCAAGCAGGCAUGUACUGAAAGUAGGCAUAAUUUGUGCAGAUGGGGUAUAUGAUAAUAUACCUAUUCAUGACGUAUGUAUGGUGUGCGCCAAGUUUAUAAAUCUCAAGAUUUUUAGACCUAGGUAUUAAUUUCCAGAAAUAGCGCACGCAGAUAUUUUGUUUUACAUUUACGCAGCGGUUAUAAAUGAAGCCCCAGGUCCUUUAUCUAAAAAUAAGUCAUUGAAGAAGAACUUUACUUUUUGAGUUUGUUUGAUUCUCUCUUCAAGCUACAGUGUGUGUGUGUGUGUGUGUGUCGGCUGAGAAAGGGUGUUCAAUGUCUUUUUAUUGUUCUUUCAAAUCUUUUUAUGCACAUGUUUCUUUUGUGUGGUUUGUUUCCAGAUUGCUCAGAUCUUCCAUUAUUAAAUGAUUGUAGUUGUGUAGAGAAGUCGAAGAUCUGCUGUUACUGUGGGUACUAUACCAUAGUUACUAUGAUUACUGUGCUGUUACUAUGAUUACUGUGUUGUUACUAUGCGAACCAGUUGAAGUCCCACCUCCAGGUGGCGACUGAAUUGGUCCUCUGUGUGUUUCUGCUCAUAUUGUCAUUGAAUGACAAAUAAAAGUAUAAAGUGUA